CACUACGGCACCGCCGUUUAUUUGACAUUGUAUUCUGCUCUUGAAAAUUUUUGGUUUAGUCAUUUUGGAGAAUUUUGUGAAUAAACCUCAUAAAGAAUUUUGUGCUUCGGGAAAUAUAAAAUAUAUAAAAGUGUAGAAAAGGAAAAAAAAAUUCUAGUGCCAUUAUAUUGAAAAAAAAAUAAUAAAAAUAGAAAAAAAAAAGAUAAAAAAUAUAUACAUAUAUUUUUCCACAAGUAUUUCUUUUAAUAAAAAUUUAUUUUUAGUUGGAUCAAUAUUUGCAUUGCAAAAUUAAUAUUUAAAAAGCUUAUGAAAAUAUUGUAAAAAGUUCUCUUUUGAGAAAAGAAAAAUAAAAAAAUUACGGGAAGUUGAAGUGCCAGAAAAAAUUAUCCAUCUCACCAGUUUUGUUAAAAAAAAACAACAAAAAGUGGAAUUUCAUUAUUUUAAUAAAGGAAAAUCUUUAAUUAUUAUUUAAAAUAUUAAAUUUUAAAACCCCUCAGAAUUAAAAUCUAAUUUACAUCUCUUGCUGACUCUUCACAAGGGGCAUUAAAACUUCCUACACUUUAUAUAAGUAGGAAAAGGAACAAAAAACAAAUAAAAAAAACUGCAGAAAUAUCUACCAAAUCCAUAACUCAUUUUACUCUUGCGACUCUUUUAAUUUUAAUCAAUUUCCUAACUAUAUUUGGAGUGCGCAAGUAAUAACGGUGCGAAAUAUUUAAUAUUGUACGGUGCUGUAAAAAAAAUUAUAUUAUAAACGUACUUAACGUACGAGUACGUUCAGCCUAAAUUUUAUUUAAAUAUUUUUAGUUUUUUUAAAUCAAUUUUAAAUAAAAACAUAAGAAAACUACAAAGAAAAUUAUUACUAGUCUGACGACACUAGUUUUAUUUUUAAUUUUUCUUUUUGAAAACCUUCAGGAGAGCAGCUGUGAUUGCAAAAUUAAUCAGAAAAAAUGGCUUUCGCUGGAUUCAAAAAACAAAUAAAUAAAGCAAAUCAGUAUGUCACGGAAAAGAUGGGUGGUGCCGAAGGCACAAAAUUGGACUAUGAUUUUAUGGAAAUGGAAAGAAAAACUGAUGUUACAGCUGAAUUAGUAGAAGAAUUGCAAAUAAAAACAAAAGAAUAUUUACAACCAAAUCCAACAGCAAGAGCUAAAAUGGCAGCUGUAAAAGGAAUAUCAAAAUUAUCUGGUCAAGCAAAAACAAAUACUUACCCACAACCAGAGGGUAUACUUUCAGAAUGUAUGCUAACAUAUGGUAAAAAAUUAGGAGAAGACAGCAUUUUCGCACAAGCUCUUAUUGAAUAUGGUGAAUCAUUGAGGCAAAUGGCUGAUGUUAAAUACUCACUUGAUGAUAAUAUUAAACAAAAUGUUCUUGAGCCAUUACAUCAUUUGCAAACAAAAGACAUUAAAGAAGUUAUGCAUCACCGAAAAAAAUUACAAGGACGUCGACUUGAUUUUGAUUGUAAAAGACGUAGACAAGCUAAAGGUGGAUAUCUUUCACCUAUGAGCAGUCCUAUCCGACAAAUGAAAUCUAAUGAUGAUGAAAUACGCAGUGCUGAAGAAAAAUUUGCUGAAUCAUUGCAAUUGGCACAAAUGGGAAUGUUUAAUUUGUUAGAAAAUGAUGUUGAACAAAUUUCUCAAUUAGUAACAUUCUGUGAAGCUAUGCAUGACUACCAUUCACAAUGCGCUGAAAUAUUGAAAACUCUCCAAGGAACACUGGAAGAAAAACGAAAUGAAGCUGAGUGUCGACCAAAGUCAGAAUUUAUACCGAAAUCAUUGGCUGAAUUGAAAAUUGAUGAAGGUACUGAUGGUGUAGAAGCCAACGGAGGAGUAACGAAACCUACUCAUCUGGAAUUGGAUAAUGGUCAUGUACAAGCUAGAUCUACGAAUGCAUCACCAUUACCAUCACCAAUGAGAUCUCCAGCAAAAACUCCGGCCACUCAAAAACAACCAUGUUGUCAGGCAUUAUAUGAUUUUGAACCAGAAAAUCCAGGCGAAUUAGGAUUCAAGGAAAAUGAUAUAAUUACACUUUUAAAUCGAGUUGAUGAAAAUUGGUAUGAAGGAAGUGUUAAUGGUCGAACCGGAUAUUUUCCACAAACUUACGUUCAAAUUGUGGUUCCUUUACCAUAAAUCAAGAAGGAUUAAUCUCAUAAACAAAGAAAGAAAAAAAAUAUAAUUAAUUUCGACAUUAAGUUAAUCAGAAAAAUAAUUCUUUAUCAAGAACUAUGCAAUAGUUAUGAAAAAUGAAUGAAUAAACAAUUCAAAUAAAAAGAUAAUACUUAAUAUUAUAUAAAAAAAAAUUAUUAUUUUUUUUCUUGUUUUGUAGUAAAAUAAUUUUCAACUUUUUCAUAUGUAAUUGUAGUUAUUAUUUAAUUUAUAAAUAAACGAGUUACAAGUUAUAAAUUUUCUGUUAUCAUUAUCAUAAAACUAAGAUAAAAAGAACUAUUAUGUACAAAAUGAACAAAUUAUAAAUAAAUAUAUUUGCUUUUAUAUAAUUGUGUUAAUUUUAUAAUUUUACUAAAUCCAAAACUCACAUAAACACAUUUAUAUUUUGAUAAUUUCAAAUAAGAAUUUAAACUUGUUUUCUAAUUUUAAUAAAAAGAAAUUUAAAAAUGAUUUAUUUUAAUUAAAAAAGAAUAAUUGGUAAAGUAUGUUUCAGAAUACCUAAUAAAAAAAAAGAAUUGUAUCAUUUAUAUUAUUGUAUAAUAUUUCAAAAAGUUUGAAAGUUACGUAAAAACACUUCGUAUUUGUAUUUCUAAUUAUUUUUUUGUUAAAAAUAAAAGUUUCCUUUAAGUUUUAUGUCAUUGAAUAAUUUUUUAAGUUUUAUUAAGUAAAAAAAAAAAGAUUUUAACAUGACAAUUAAAAUUAAGUGUAACGAAAAUUAAAUUCAUGAAAAUAUUAAAUUAAAAAAGAAUAUCAUACUUUCGCUUAAUAAAUAUUUAUAAAAUUAUUAUUUUUAUAUUUAAAUCAAAAACGUUUAAUAAUAUAUAGAAGUUCUGUAUUUAAAACAUAAAUAAUGUAAAAAACAGUUAUUUUUCAAUAGUUGUUUUAGUAUCAAUCAUUAUAAAAUUUAUUUCAUCAAAAAUAUCACUGUCCAAAUAAUAUGUAAUAAAUUAAAUUGAAAUUUAUUAAUAUAUAACUUUUAUUCUAUUUUAUUUUCUUACAAGUUUUAUUAUUCAUUAUAAAAUAUUUUCAAAUAAUUGUUAUAGUCAUUAGGAUUUUAACUUUUUUUAAAUUAUUUAGAUACAUUUAUUAACUAUAAAUAUUGAAAAUAAAUUAAUAAUAUUGUAUAUAAUUUGGAAUUGGUCCAUAAUUAUAGCUAAAGCCCAAUUAGUGAAGAUUAUAUGUAUUGCAUGCUAUAUGAACGUUUAUUUAUAUAAAUAUGAGUUGAAAUGAUUUUACUGAAUAAACAAAAUAUUAUAAAACAUGUAUACAUACAUAUAUUACAAUUAUACUUUAGUUUGAUAUUGAAGUACUACAAUUAAAUUUCUGAAAUUUAAAAACUAAUUAAAAUAUUUUUUUGAUAGGAUUUUAACAAUUUUUUCCUGAACAUAUUUUAAAUUUGAUUUAAAUUUUCAAAAAAAUAUCAUUUAUAUAAAAUAUAAAUGAUUUUUAUGAUAUUGAUUAUAAAAUCUAUUAAACUAAUGAUAAUAAAGAAAACUUGUCAUUACUUAAAAUUAAAAAAGCAUUUUUAACCAAAUAUUUAAAACAAAAGAUAAAUUGUAAUUAAAAACAGAACUUCUAAAAUAUGGUUUCAAACCAUCGUUUUUUAAAUAUACUUAUGAAUCAUAUAUUACCGAAUAUUUUGCAUAAUGAUUUUUAUCAAAAUUCACUUACAAUUUUUUGAAUAAAACCGUAUUGCCAUGAAGUUGCAAAAUUUUAUUUCAAAAAAUGUAAAUAAAAAUUAAUAAGUAGUAAAUUAAAAAAAAUUCAUUAAUUUUCAAACAUAUUUUUUGUUUUAUUUUAAUAUUAUCCUCUCUUGUUGACUAAGAAAAAAUAAAUAAGAAAAUAAAAAAUUGCAAAAAAUAAAUGAAAUGUAAAAUAAUGUGGAAAUCAAAAAAUUUAAUAUUGAGCGUUUAUACAAUUUAAUAAAGAAAAGGUAUUUGAAUAUUUCAUACAUAAUAUGAAAAACAAGACAAUACAUAGUUAAUUAAUUAUAAAAUUAUUGUUUUCAAAAUCUCAAAAAAAAAGAAAAAAAAACAUAUAUAUAAAAUUAUAAUAUGCAUACAAAAAUAAGAUAU